GCUCGCUGGACACUCCGUGGACGGCCAUCCGCACUGCCGCUCUCGCGGACGCCAAGACAGUGCUGGUGGGGUGGAGGUACACGAGGUGGAAUCCGAGAGUGAAGACGUGGCCGCCCCCCCGAAUCCUUCAGACCGACACAGUCGUGUUCAAGUGGAAUGAUUGGCUGCACAAGCACAACGUGGUGGCCAUCAGUGCUGCGCGCUUCAGCACAUGCCACUUUGGGAGCAACGGCCUUCCAUUCACCGUCCUCACCAAGGCAUCCAAGCACGGCACUCUCAAGCUCUCAGCGGGCAGUAGCAGUUACACGGGGUACUUUACCAGCAGCGUUGGCAAUGACUGCCUGAGGGGCAUGAAGGUGGACAUGCAGGUUGAACUCGUACCAUUCUAA